AGGACACUACUACUUCCUUGCUACUACAGCCAACCAACCUCAUUUAUUUCCCAAUGCUCCGAAUCUCUUUCUUGUUAAUUUUCAUCAUCACCGCCACAACCGUCGUCGUCGCCGAUAAUGACGACGACUCCGCGGUCAUGUUAAGCCUUUUAAAAGCCCUAAAAAACCCUCCAUCCGGCUGGUCUUCCGAUACUCAAUUCUGUGAAUGGGACAAAAACAGAAUCAAGUGCGAUUCAUCAAACCGCCGCGUAACCUACAUAGACCUCUCUUCUCAAAACCUCGCCGGAACCCUACCUUCCAAUCUCAACUCUCUCACUCAACUGACAUCUCUCAAUCUCUAUAACAAUGCUUUCUCCGGUCCUAUUCCUUCUCUCGCCAACCUAUCCUCCCUCAAAACCGUCAAUCUAGGUAAUAACCAAUUCAACUCUGUCCCUCCCGCCGCAUUUUCCGGCCUACCUUCACUCCAACAACUUGCUAUCAGUUACAAUUCUUUCCUUCCAUGGACAUUCCCUUCCGAGUUAACUCAGUUAUCCAAUCUCAACACCCUCGAUUUAGAUUCUGCAAAUAUCAACGGAAACUUACCGGACAUUUUCUCCAAUUUCACUGCUCUCACCGAAAUUCGUCUCGCCUACAACAAUCUCACCGGAGAAUUACCUAACUCUCUCGCUACUUCCUCAAUCCAAAUUUUAUGGCUCAAUAACAACAACUUAUCCGGUUCAAUCGCUGUGAUUGCUAAUAUGACGCAGUUAUCUCAGGUAUGGCUUCAUGUUAAUAAGUUCACUGGUCCAAUUCCAGAUUUAUCGCAAUGUACGAAUUUGCUUAAUCUGCAACUUCGAGAUAAUCAGUUAACCGGUUUGGUUCCUGAUUCUCUGAUGAAUAAUAUGCCUAGCUUGCAGAACGUCUCUCUUAGGAAUAAUGAACUUCAGGGACCUUUUCCCGAUUUUAAAGGUAAAAAUGUGACAGUUGAGGAUAUUGGUGCAAGAAAUAAUUUUUGUCUUGGUAAUACACCAGGACCUUGUAAUGAUAUGGUUAUGGUUUUGCUUCAAAUUGCUAAGGGAUUUGGGUAUCCUGUUAUAUUGGCGCAGGAGUGGAAAGGGAAUGAUCCUUGUCCAGAUCAAAGUUGGCGGUUUGUUACGUGUGACAAGGAUAAGAAUAUUGUGUCUGUCAUUUUAGUGAAGCAGAAUUUGCAGGGAACAAUUUCGCCUGCUUUUGCCAAUUUGAAAAAAUUGAAGAAAUUGAAUCUAUCUGGGAAUAAUUUAACUGGUUCUAUACCUCAGAGUUUGACUACAUUGUCUCAGCUUGAGAGUCUUGAUGUCUCUAACAAUAACCUAUCGGGACAGGUUCCCAAUUUCUCACCGAAGGUGACAUUAGUAACUGGUGGUAAUGUUUGGAUUGGUAAAGAUCUUGGUUCUGGUCCCAAUGGAAGGGGUGAUGGAUCGGGAAAGGGUAAUUCGAUGACGCCAGGUUCGAUUGCUGGUAUAGUGAUUGGUGUUUUGCUUUUUGUUGUUGCUAUGUUGUUUGUUUCUUGGAAGUGUUAUUCUAGAAAGCGGCUUCGGAAAUUUGGAAAGGUUAGUAAUCCUGAAAAUGGGGAAGGAAAUGUUAAGCUUGAUCUUGCAUGUGUUUCGAAUGGAUAUGGUGGUGUUCCGAGCGAGUUGCAAAGCCAGAGCAGUGGUGAUCAUAGUCAGCUUCAUGGUUUUGAUGCGGGAGGUGAUGUAAAUCCUAUGAUUUCGAUUCAUAUUCUUCGACAAGUGACAAAUGAUUUCAGCGACGAUAACAUUUUGGGAAGGGGAGGGUUUGGUAUUGUUUAUAAAGGGGAGUUACCUGACGGAACUAAAAUUGCUGUCAAGAGGAUGAUAUCCGUUGCAUCAGGAAGCAAAGGGUUGAAUGAGUUUGAAGCAGAGAUCGCUGUUCUUACUAAGGUUAGGCAUAGACAUUUGGUUGCUCUUAUGGGAUAUUGCAUCAAUGGAAAUGAGAGGCUUUUGGUGUAUGAGCAUAUGCCUCAAGGGACAUUAACGCAACAUCUGUUUGAAUGUCGUGAACAUGGGUAUACUCCUUUGACAUGGAAACAAAGGUUGGUAAUAGCUUUGGAUGUUGGACGGGGGGUGGAAUACUUGCACAGCUUAGCUCGGCAAAGCUUCAUUCAUAGAGACUUAAAACCAUCAAAUAUACUAUUAGGCGAUGACAUGAGAGCAAAGGUUGCAGAUUUUGGGUUGGUUAAAAACACACCGGAUGGGAAGUAUUCUAUCGAGACAAAGUUGGCGGGAACAUUUGGAUAUCUUGCACCCGAGUAUGCAGCUACUGGAAGAGUGACAACCAAAGUGGAUGUUUACGCAUUUGGCGUAGUUUUGAUGGAACUGAUCACAGGUAGAAAGGCAUUAGAUGAUACUGUGCCUAGUGAAAGGUCUCAUUUGGUUACUUGGUUCCGUAGGGUACUGAUUAACAAGGAAGACAUUCCAAAGGCAAUUGAUCCAACUCUCAACCCAGAUGAAGAAACAAUGUUGAGCAUAUAUAAAGUGGCUGAGCUGGCUGGCCAUUGCACCGUUCGUGAACCAUAUCAAAGGCCAGAUAUGGGGCAUGCCGUGAAUGUGUUGGGUCCCCUUGUGCAGCUAUGGAAACCUACUACCCAAACAGACGAAGGAAAUUAUGGCGUUGACAAUCAGAUGAAUCUUCCUGAAGCACUACAAAGGUGGCAAGCCGGCACUUCAACGCUAUUUAGUGACAUGUCCUUCUCACAAACCCAAACAAGUUCUAAAUCUCCAUCAUUUGCAGGCAACUUUGAUUCACCGGAUUGCCGGUAGCCAAAAUUGAUAAAUGAGAUACCGUCGAAGGGCUUCUUUAGUCCUUAUGAGAGUGGAAGAAUUGGUUGAGAAAAAUAAAUACCCAAGAAAACCAAAGAUUGUGAUGAAGCUUUUUGAUCUGGUAGUAUCACCAAAAUGUCUGCCCAUUUUUUUUUAUUAACUUGAAAAUAUAUAUUUUUUAUCUGCUUUAAAAAUCUCCUUUACUGAUAUAAACCUAAAUAUAUACUUCUAGUAAGUUUGAUCUUAUUGAUUAUUUUAAGCUGUCGU